AUGCCUCGUCACGACGACUUUUACGUGCGUUACUAUGUCGGUCAUCGCGGCAAGUUUGGCCAUGAGUUUAUGGAGUUUGAGUUCCGCGGCGAUGGGAAGCUUCGGUACGCCAAUAACUCCAACUACAAGAAGGACUCGAUGAUCCGCAAAGAAGUGACAGUGUCCCAGUCGGUGAUCGAUGAAGUAAAGCGGAUCAUUAGUGACAGUGAAAUCACAAAAGAAGACGACAAGGAAUGGCCAGAGCCCGACCGGAUUGGUCGACAGGAACUGGAAGUGGUACUGGGUAACGACCACAUUUCUUUCACGUGCGCGAAGAUCGGAUCUUUACUGGACGUUCAAGACAGCAAGGAUCCCGAGGGUCUGUGUGUACUGUACUACUUGGUCCAAGACCUCAAGUGCCUGGUGUUUUCGCUGAUCACGUUGCACUUCAAGAUCAAGCCCAUUCCGUAG